AGUACUUGCAGAUAGUGUGAUACCGAUACUCACACCCACCAACAUCGCAACCUUAAAUUUAAAGACAUCUUCCAAGGCACUGAAAUUGGGGCGGCUAAUGCAUCAGAGAUUUGCUAUUAUACCGGUUUGGUUAAAUAAGUUUAAUGCCCUAGCUAUUGGAGAUUCAGAUGAAAGAACUGGUGAUGAAGGCGAGGGUGUCGUGGCUUCUACUUCAAGUGUUCUUUAA